UGGAGUGAUCCAGACUAAAUCUUGGGGCAGGCAUGUUGCAAAUAGUCAGCAAAAACCAGAGAUUGAGAGAAUUACACUUGCACAUCGACUACCCAGAUGAACUAUUGGAACUAUUGUGUGAUGUGCUCAAACAUCCACAAUGCACAAUAGAGACAUUAAGAAUUGGUAAUGAGAAAUUACCUGAAUUUAAAGAACGGUGUGAUGAAGAAGUAUGCAGGAAAAAACAGAGAUUGAUAACGUUACACAUGGAAAUGGAAGUCAGUCCUUACCAAGAACUGAAACUAUUGUUUCAUGGGCUCAAACAUACACAUUGCACAAUAGAGACAUUAAACCUUGACCUGAUUAAAUCUUUGAGCCUGCAUAUUGCAGAAGUAUUCAGGACAAACAGAGAUUGAGAGAGUUAUCGUUGUACAACUGUGCCGAUUUUGAAAUAGCAAUGGAAUCAUUGUGCGAUGGACUCCAACAUCCACAAUGCCCAAUAGAGACAUUAAGACUUUCUGGAGAUAUCUGGACUGAAUCUUGCAGCAGGGACCUUGCAGAAGUAUUCAGGACAAACCAGAGAUUGAGAGAGUUGCACAUCUACAUCGACGACAUGGAUGGGGAAUCACUGGAACUAUUUUGGGAUGAGUUCAGAUAUGAACAAUGCCCAAUAAAGACAUUUAUGUGGGAUGAAGAAUACGUUAUACAGAAUGGAACAUGGAAUGUAAGACUUGUUCACAAUUAUGUAAAUAGAAUCCGGAGAACAGAGAAGAGACGCAGGCUCAGAGUCCUUGAAAAACUUGCAGAAGCAGAGAACCGACUCCUUUCAGAACCUCUGAAGCCCGAAUGAGCUGCCACAGGUAGCACACGGAGCCAUAUUUGCUGCCAAGGAAUCCUUCGGCAGCCCUCAGUUCUGGGGCACAUGUGCACGCUGGCCAGCUGAUUUUUGGCCUUCUGGAGGGUCAGGGGGAGGCCGGUUUUGCCCUCCCGAGGCUUCAGCAAAGCCUCCAGAGCC